AUGGUGCCAUCACAGCUACUCCUCGUUUUACUCUCGCUUUCUGCGGGAGGAUGGGCUCAGAGCAACAGCUUGCCGGCUCCUGACACACCGGCUUCUUCUGCGAGGCAGCCAGAGAACACUCCCGUAGAACAAGCUCCAUCGUCUGCAGCAAGACCCCCGGCCUCUGUCAACACUCCAAGCGCGAGAGUUGAAACUCCUCCUGGCUCCGCGAGACCCAAUCCUCAAGAGACUUCCGCCGCUGUAAGUCAAUCCGCACCGACUGCUGCGGCGAGCCCCGCGAGACCGACGAACGCCGCAUCGCAAGUCCCCGCCUCGUCGAACAGAGACGACCGAAGCGUCGAUUCGCCCAGCUCAAGAAUCUCAGGUCCCGCCGAUUCUAACACCCCGCAGUCUACACGAGCGGCGCCCGGCUUGGUGCAAGGAGACACUACCACCGGCACCACCAGAACGACAUCCGCGACAACUACAGGAACGGUGGCGGCAUCCGGAUCGCCCCAGUCCGCUGGAAGCAAUGGCACCGACACUCGUACUGGAAACAUAUCCGGGGCAGAUUCCGGCGCAGGCGUGGCGACAGCAUCACCCUCGUCCCCGGGCCUCGCGACGACGGCCUCCUUCUCCGCACAGCCCUCCGACGCGUUCCUAAACGUCAACCAGUCCGCCGUCGAAAAGAUUCCCGAAUCGAAAGCCCCGACGCCACCUGAUGUGGCGACGCUCGCGCAGCUUCAGGCCGAGCUGGCGGCAAACAUCCCGAGCAAGCCACUGAGCGAGAAGAGCGCGAAGGCACUCGCGGUCAUGGAGACGGCCUACUUUGAGUACUUCGUCAACAAAGACCCCGCGCCCGUGGAUAUGGGCAAGUUGGUUGUUCCUGCGAGUAUCUCUCAGUGUAAGACUCAGUACGCGCGGAGCUUAACCAGGAAGAGGAGCCUGGUGGACAAGGUUCUUGCUUACGUGCCGCUUGUGUCGCGGGAUCUGAGAGGGUUUGAUAACUGCAAGGCGGUUGAGUCGUUGGAGGUCGGUGUUUACUUCCAAUACAUGAGAGCCACCGCGACGGCCGAAAGGCCCAAUGAAUUGGAGUCGCGGGUGAAAGCGCAGGUCGAUGCCCUCAACGAGGCGCUGGGCGCAGUCAAGAUCAAUUUUCGAUACAUGUCACUCAACUGGUGGGAGCCCAAAGCGAACGAGGACUGGACCGUAGUCGACCGCAAAGAAACCAAGCUCCAAGAGUGGCAGCAACGCACGAAAGCACCCGGCAAGCUCAUGCUGACCGUCUGGAUCGUCAACGGAUUACGCGGGAGCCAGAGCGAUGAUCUCAAUAGCUACGCCACGUUUCCCAACGAGCAGUUAGACCCAAACGACGGCGUCGUCAUCGAGGCCGAGCACGUCCAGGGCGGCGACUCCACGACGCUCAUCCACGAUGUUGGGCACUGGUUCGGGCUGGGCCACACGUUCGGCGAGAUCGGCGAGAAUUGUAUCAUCAAAGACGGCCUGACGAAUUCCACGCAGACGUCGGGGAUGAAGGACGUGGUGUACGAGUGCUCGCAGGUCCCGUGUUCGGGCGGGAGCGCCGUCGAGAUCAACAACUACAUGAGCUACUCCUCGUGUCGCGGCAAGACUCCGCGGGAGGGAUUCACCACGGACCAGAAGGCGCGGAUGUUUGCCAAUGCGCUUCAGUUCCGUCGCGGGUACGAGACGGGAGAGUGCAUGCCGGACGGCAAGGCGGCUGCUGCUGCUGCUGCGCGGACGCGGAAGCGGUCUAGCAGCAUGCAGGACAUAUUGGACGGCAAGUGCCCCGACUAUGACAAGCAGGCUGACAUCUUGAUGGACACGCCGCACAGCCUGGGGGCUCGGACGUUGGGUGAUGGUUCGUCAAACAUGGGAUGGACCGUUCUUGGAGGUCUGUGUGCGAUGGCGGUUUUGUUUGGAUGA